AUUACAUUGGUGCUUUCAUUGAUUCCUACUCCAUAGAUUGCCGUAGUCUUGCCUUGCUACUGCAAAUGCAUGCCAAUUACUCGAUUAUGCAGGAUUCGGCUGUAGAAUAUGCAUCGGUCAGUGCUCCUACAGUCUUUAUCAGAGAGAUGGAUUCUGUUUUGGUUUAUGGAAACUCAAACCCUAUGGAUAAUUCCGAAGUACUUACUGAGCUUGUAAAUCCAAUUGGUAAUUCUUCGAACUCUAUUCAAUUUCCUACUGUAGUGGCUUCAUUAGGUUGCCUUGGGACUUUGAGUACCCAACUGGAAACUAAGUAUGAUGACGAGGAAAAUUCAAAAGUCUUUGCAUGCAAGGUGUUCACUGAAAUACCUGUUAGGGAAAUUGACAUGGAAGUUGAAGAUUCAGUGGAGUAUGAUUUCAUAAAACCUGAAAUCCAGGUGUUUGACGAAAUAUUUCACACAAUUUCUGUUGUUAAAUGUGAUUCCAAAGACCUUGUCAAGCCUGAUAGAAUUCUGUUAGCAUUGCCUUGUAUGUUUUCAGCUUGUAGUCAUGUCCAACUUAUUGGCAGAGGUACAUUUGCUUACUUAAAUGAACUCGAUCAUACUAAACUUAUAUUAUCCUUGCAUCGAUUUCCACUUGAUCAAUUCGGAUUAGCUUUUCCGUUUGAUCCUGGUUCUAGAUUAUUUACCUCAUUUCUUGACGUUGCAAUAUUUUAUUCCAAUAUGGUUAUGAAUGAUUUCAAGGAGAUCAUUAGAAUAUUAGAGUGUGAUGUUGGUUCCACCUCCAAUGAUCGAUGUAUUUCGACUCCUUUUCCAUUUGAUCCCCGAGCGAAUUUGUUCAUUGUAACCCCUGGUGGAUUCCUUCACGUUCCUCAAUUACAACCUGAGACAUUUGCACAUACUCACGUACUUGUGAAGCUUUACAUAUUUCAGCUUUUCAGGGCAUUGUCCUACAUUCUGAAGUUGGGAUGUGAUGUAUGUUUAUUGUUUUCAUAAAUUAUAGAUGCAAGUCGCGAUAUACGAAUUGUUCUAGAGGGGUUGAACAAGGUGGUUGAAUUCGUAAUCUCCAAUCAUGGCAUGCGUUUGUUUAUUAAUGCAUGUGUCGUUGCAUUUGUGGCUAGUGCUAAUGAUGCUCUUGAUAUUGCUCUAGCAAGAAAAUCGUUGUCCAGAUUUAUGCUUAUACUAGUUCACAGGAGAAUAGACCUUGAAGUAGCUGAAAAUGGGAUUACAAGAAUAACUGAUGUUUACAAUGCAAGUCCAGCUAGUAUCGACUGCAAAAGUAAACGAGUUUCUAUACUUGGGGACAUGCUUAAACUUGGUCCAUCAAAAUUCAAGUUCCAUGGGUUGAUGAUACAAAAUUAUUGGGAUCACCAUUUUAAUGUCGUUGCACAUGUCAGACCAUGGAUUCUAACUGCAGCUGAGAUUGUAGACUGUUUUGAGGAGAUAAAGCUGGUAUGCAAUUAUUUAGUUAAAGGUCAUAUUAUCCUUGUCAAUGAGAGUAGCGAACAACAAUUGGGAGUGAAUUUGGAUAUCAAACUUAUUUUCCCUAUAGCAUUAUGUUGUUCAAUGGUUAGAGAAGAUGCAUCAACUGAAUCAUCUUUAAUGAGUUUGAAUUUCUGGAAAAUGAGAUCCAUACAUGCACAUAUUCUUGGGAGUCGUUAUAUAUUAGAUAUUCGCCAUGCUGCUCCGCUGCUGAAUGGUUUCUUGAUCUCCAAUAUGUCGUUGAUGAUGAUGGAAUGUGCUAUUGUCAUUAUGGAUAAUGAGCCUUAUUAACUAACCCCAAGAUCAUUUUGUUUAUUGAGUCCACCGCUGCUCUUGCUACUAGUUUGCAGAGAAUUGUCCAGUAAGCUCAAGUCAAGUAUGACCCUCUCCAUGGCAAGCUGCUAGCUUGCUGCCUCAUGCUCUGUGUUGACAUUGUGCCAAAGGUUGUCAAUGCUGCAUUGCCCACCAUCUCAUGUCACUUUGACACAGCGAUGAUAACUCAUAUCUUCUCUUAUCACAAGGACUACCUUUUUAUAGACACAUUUAGCGGAACAAGUGUUAUUAACAUUGUUCUUAGCCCGAACCUUGAGGACAAGGUAAUUAUUGAGGACGGGGAUAUUGUUAUGGACGAGAUUGGACAGAAGACUAAGGUGAAGGGCCAGUUUGGAAUAUUAGAAAACUUUGUGUGGGACCUGGGCAAGAAGACUAAGGCGAACGGCUUAUUAAAAAGAGAAUCGAUGUUGUUAAAAGGGUAUAUAUUGUUGAGUAAAAUGUCUACUUUCCUCAUCUCCUUUCUCUAGUGUCUGUAUCCUCUCAUUCCCAUAAUUAGUCUGAGCUUCUCAUCCCUUCUUCUCUAUCCUUUAUACUUCAAUUCCAUCAUUUUCGUUUCAUUAUUAGUACUA